UUACUCUGCAACAGGCCGGUAUUUGGAAAGCUACGGAAGUGGCCAAUCAAAUAUAACAACAGUUUGAGCAGCAGUGCAUUCCGUCAUGGUAAUACGCAACAUUUGUUUCAGUGGGAAUUUGAUACAAAAUAUCCAUAGGAAGACUUUCCAAACAUGGGUCUGCUAUCUCAGGAGGCUGUUCUGGCUAAUGAUUGCGUACUUGAACUCAGCUCGCCAAACUUGAAAAACUAUUAAAAAACAAGUAUAUAACUACUCAAAAUAGACUAAAUGAAUCUAACUCAAAUCUGUCACAAAUUGACGUUUUUUGCAGAGGAGAUCUUAGUCUCGCAAUUUUACAUCUAACUAAUGUUUGGUGCAGUAUUUGUCAAUUAAAGAAACUGCAUGAAAACGACUCGAUUCCCGUUGAAUGACAACAGACUUUAUUGAAGAGUCCCUACUGUUGACCAAUCACCGACGAAGUCCGAAACGAACAAAAACGUCACAAAAUGGUCACAAAAUGUCAUAGGCAGAAAGCCUGAUAUGGACAGUGAUGGUUCAGAGAUGGCCAGAACAGUGGAAUCGAGAUUCAAAGGGGAGGUAUUUAUUUGAAGUACUGAGGAAAGUCAGGGAGGACGACAUGAAGGGACAGGAGAGGAGGCUAGGCUAAUAAGACCUUAAAUGUGAUAAUCACACUUUCCUAUUACCAGGAAACUGAAACCGCAUGUAUUGCUACAGUGCGAGAGGGACAGAGCAAGACUGCGUUCUAGUAUGAGGGGGAUACAGGACAUCCGUUUAAAGAGUAUAUUGAGUAGAAUUGUAUAUAUAAACCCUACCUGCCAGUAACGGUGCUGGAAAGCUACGGAAGUGGUGCUGGCAGGUAGGGUUUAGUUUCUCCACACUCCAGUACAGUAAGUGGAGGUAAUGCACCAUUACGUUGGAUGCUAACCGCUGAUAAACCCCACCGAAGAAGAAGACGAAUAUUUGGAUGAGGACGAAUGCGGUCACCUUUUACAGGAAUAAUUUUGCAAUGAAUUCCAACAUAACGUCAACGGAACCAUCGGACGACUGGGGUGACAUAAGUGAUGCAGAAUUACUCGAUGUACAGUCAGAGCAUCUCGGCUGUGUGCCGACGCACCUCUCACUCACGUGAUCGGGUCUUUCUCACAAGCUGCAAGUGAAGACCGACACAUCAGGGACGCAAGGACGUGCGUCGUUGUCCAUUUCCGAGGCGCAUAAUCCCCUCCUGACCGGUCCAGUCCGACUCUCGGUGGGAAUUUAGGUGAUGAUGGUCAGUCCCUUGAAACAACAGAGAAGAGGAUCGAUUACCUUAUUAAAAAAUGGCCUAACCUCGCUCCCCUGUUCGAGAGGGUGAAGAACCGGAGCGCUGCCUUGUCUGUCCCUAACCAGAGCCCAAUGGAGAGAUUCCUUAAACGUCACCUCAGCGUUACACAGCUAUGUGAGCAGUCUUGGUGUGAGAUCAAAAUGGCCUAUGGGUUCAUUAAGCCUAAAGUAAGGAUGCUAGAGAUGCAAAAUACAGAAGUGACAACUGGGGCCAGUAUUCAUCUCGCCAGAGAACUGGAGGUGAAACCAAAUGUUGUGACUGUGGCUGCUGUCACCAGGGAGGACAGGGAGGCUCUGAAGCUAAUCAACAUGCUACAGAUGGUCCCAGCUUUAGAGGCAGGCCAGCUUGUGCAGGAGUUCCCAGUGUUUGGUGUGUUGGAAGGGAUGUUCUUCAUGGGUGUGGUUGAUGAGCUGUAUCGUAGUGACUCUGGGGAACUGGUCCUGAGUGAACUGAAGACCCGCAGUCACAACUCUCUGCCCCACCCAGCCCAGACCAAGGGACACGCUCUACAGGUGGGUAUGUACAAGCUCUUGUUUGAUUCCAUGGUAAAGGGUUCUGUGAAGAGGGACCAUCUCCUCCACAACCUUCAGCUGGAUCCUAAUCGGGUCCUUGGAUCAGACCUCCAGACCCACACCCAGUCACUGGGCCUCCAGGCAGUCACGUUCAGAGAGCUCCUUGACCACCUACUGGUCGUCCUUACCUGUUCUAACCUCCAUGCUAUCGACAAGCUACGCCUGGAGUAUAGCCACCAGAGCUCCGGAAAGCUCAUUGGCACCAGGGAGGUAGCGUUUGAGGAAGCCCAGCUUAGGACUAAUAUCAGGGGCUACCUUGCUUACUGGAGGGGCGAGAGGGUGCCCCAGGGAGUGGAAGUGGAGGAGGCCUGGAAGUGCAGGAUGUGUCCCUAUGAGGAGACCUGUGACUGGAGGAGGGAUAGAUCACAAAGGCUAAUGAUGGUGAAUAAGAGAGCCAAGUUGGAGUCAGAUGAUCCCAAGCCGACCGGUCAGAGCAAAAUUUAGUUGGUGGUACAGUAACCCGAAAAAGAUUUGGAACCACUGCUGUACACCCCACAUACAAAUACUUGUAAGGUCCCUCAGUCGAGGAGUGAAUUUCAAGCACAGAUUCAACCACAAAGACCAGGGAGGUUUUCUAAUAGUUUUCAAAGUGGACCUAUUGGUAGAUUGGUAAAAAAAGAAAGAGCAUGCAUUGAAUAUCCAUUUGAGCAUGGUGCAGUUAUUAAUUACACUUCGGAUGGUGAAUCAAUACACCCAGUCACCUCAAAGCUACAGGCACCCUUCCCAACGCAGUUGCCGUAGAGGAAGGAAACCGCUCAGGGAUUUCACCAUAAGGCCAAUGGUGACUUUAAAACAGUUAGAGUUUAAUGACUGUGAUAGGAGUUAACUGAGGAUGGAUCAACAACAUUGUAGUUACACCACAAUACAAACCUAAAUGACAGACUGAAAAGAAGGAAGCCUGUACAGAUUUAAAAUAUUCCAAAACAUGCACCCUGUUUGCAAUAAGGCACUAAAGUAAUACUGCAAGAAAUGUGGGAAAGAAAUGAACUUUUUGUCCAGAAUACAAAGUGAUAUGUUUGGGGCAAAUCCAACACAUCACUGAGUAACACUCUUCAUAUGUUCAAGCAUGUUGGUGGCUGCAUCAUGUUAUUGGUAUGCUUGUCAUUAGCAAGGACUAAGGAGUUAUUUUUUUAAUAAAUGGAAUAGAGCUAAGCACAGGCAAAAUACAAGAGGAAAAUGUGGUUGUCUGCUUUCCAACAGACACCUUUCAGCAGGACAAUUGCCUAAAACACAAGGACAAAUAUACACUGGAGUUGCUUACCAAGACAACAUUAAAUGUUCCUGAAUGGCCUAGUUACAGUUUUGACUUAAAUUGGUUUGAAAAGCUAUUGAAAGACUUGAAAAUGGCUGUUUAGAAAUGAUCAACAACCAGUUUAUGAGCUUGAAGAAUAAAAAAUAAAAAAUAAUGUGCAAAUAUUGUACAAUCCAGGGGUGCAAAACUCUUAGACUUACCCAGAAAGACUCACCGCUGUAAUUACUGCCAAAGGCGAUUCUAGCAUGUAUUGACUCUGGGUUUCCAUUAAAUAAAAAUGUUCAAUGUCAGUGGAGAGAGCGAAAAAUCAAGAGUAUGUUGUGUAGAUCGUUUGCAAAAAAAUACUAUUAAAUCUGUUUUAAUCUCACUUUGUUACUUUAAAAUGUGGAAAAAGUCUAGGGGUGUGAAUGCUUUCUGAAGGCACUGUAACUACUUAUAAGUGUAUAUUCCUUUUUAUAACUAUCGAAAUAUAUAUGUUCACUUUUUGUACACUUUUUUUAUACUGGGAAAAAUAUUUUGAAUGCCAUGAAAUGCAAUGCAAUACAUUUAAAGGAUGAAUGAGUGUAAUUUAGUAUGAGAUAUUUUCAAGGAAGCACAGAAUAAAACCAAGCAUGAACUGC